AUGCACCCCCCAGGGUCCCGCGUACCGUACCCAGGUCUCAGCACGCAGCGCAGCCCAGCGCAGGGCCUUCUCCUCACGCUCGGACCCCAACACGCACCGACCCAACAACCCCCACUCGAUCCCAAAUCAGGACACGAUCUCCCCACCUUUAUCAGUCCGACCCUGCACGCUGCCCAAUCCAUAUCCGGAACUGGAUUCCAAGGGGGGUGGCGAUUCAGACUCGGACUCAAGGGGAUCCAAUGGGGCGAUGAACGAUGGGGCUGCCGAUGGUAUCACCCCCAUCACAAGCCCUCGCCCUCGAUUACUGUGUGCUUCCACGACACGCACCCAACGCCAUAG